CGUCCCCGUGGGGCGCGGGCCGGCGGGGCACUGGUUUGUGUGUCUGUUUCUUUGGGCCUGGGCCUGGGCCUCCCCCUCCUCCGGGCCGGGCCGGUCCUUGCGCCAUGGAGCCCGGCGGCGCCGGGCCUGGCAGCCCUGGCAGCCCUGGCAGCCCUGGCAGCGUGGACGGGCCUGGCAUGGGCGGGGGUCCCGUGGGGGGGGUUGUUGGAGGCCCCGGGGAUCCCGGAGCGCGGGUGUGCGCGGUGCUGCCCGCGGGGGGGCUCGGGGAGCGGAUGGGGGUCUGCCCCCCGAAGCAGUUCUGGCCGCUCCUGCACAGGCCGCUCAUCAGCUACACCCUGCACGCCCUGAACAGAGUAAGCUGGAUAAAAGAUAUUAUCGUGGCGGUGACGAGCGAAAACAUCGAAGCCAUGAAGUCCAUCGUUGAGAAAUAUCGGCACAAGAGAGUGACUGUAGUUGAAGCCGGAGCGACACGGCAUCGCUCGAUUUUCAACGGACUGAAAGCCCUCUCGGGCACUGACCCCAGCUCGCCACUCCAGAAACCGGAGGUGGUGAUUAUCCACGAUGCCGUGAGGCCAUUCGUUCCCGAAGACGUCCUCCUUAGAGUUGUCACUGCGGCGAAGGAACAAGGGGCGGCAGGAGCAAUCCGACCUCUAGUCUCUACUGUUAUUACUCCCUCCGCAGAUGGCUGUUUAGGUCACUCCCUAGAAAGGAGCCAACACCGAGCCAGUGAAAUGCCUCAGGCUUUUUUGUUUGAUAUCAUCUAUCAAGCGUAUCAUCAGUGUAGUGACUACGACCUGGAUUAUGGAACGGAAUGUCUUCACUUAGCUCUAAAAUACUGCAACAUAAAUGCCAAGCUGGUUGAAGGCUCACCCGAUCUCUGGAAGGUGACCUUCAAACGCGAUCUGUAUGCAGCAGAAUCGAUUAUUAAGGAAAGGCUUGCACAACAGAUUUGCAUUGUCUUGGAUACAAAAGGCGAUGCAGGACGAGUGGGUUGUCUUCUUCAGGAAAUGCUGAAAAGUCAAAUGAAAGGUAACGAGCCUCUGGUGACUCUCUGUCAAAACGACCAGCACCUUCAGAACAUCUUUGUAGGACAAUGCUACAGUUUCAUUUGCAUAAAUGAUACGAGCUCAGACUUCUUAGAAACUCAGAACUUAGUGAAAAUGCUGGGAAACACGGAUCUUUCUGUUUUGUAUCCUGUGGUUAUCAUUUCGGUGCAUUUGCAUGAUUCGGAAACUCCUUCGUUGAGCGGUCCAGUAGAAGAUCUAGUGGGAAUCAGAGAUUUUGCAGAGCAAGUGAAAACUAGAAAUAUUUUUGUAUAUGGCCUUUUGGUCCAUUACACACAGGGUCAGCUGCAGGAGACGGUGAAACGAGGGGCCGCCAUCAUUGCCGGAUUAAUACAGGACCGAAAUUCUAGGCUGAUCGGACAGCUGUUGGUAGCAUGACACCUGCCAGAUAAUUGAAGGAUGAGGGAGGGUUAGUGCUUUGGAGCUAAGCUUGUGCUGAUAUAUUUUUUUUUUUUUUUUUGCUGGUUUGUCUCUUCCCGAAUAGCCUGCACAGCUAAAAAUCUUUCCAUGAGCUUCUUUUUACUCUACGGGUUCAGGGUUCAUAGAAUUCAGAGGCUAAUCCGUGCUCAUUUCCAGAAAUGGGAAGUUUAAGAUGGGAAUCAUUUAAAUCAGAAAAAUGGACCCACACCACCACUGAUCGAAAGUGUGCGUGUUUGGGGGACUUUCACACCCCAAAGGCACAAAAGAUAUCUGUUCUCUCAAAUAAAUUUAAUGAUACUAAGCCCAACAGGUAGCUUCUGUGUUUACGGUACGAUUGAAUGAAUGAAUGAAUGAAUGAAUGAAUACAAGCUUCUGCUAUCCAUUCUCUAAUCAAAAAAGCUUAAUCACAUUGGGAAAUUGGUCUAAAGUUCAAAGCUGGGCUUUUUCACUUCAAUAUGCUGCUUUUCUGGUUCUUGUAAUUAGCAAAUGGGAUUUGUGCUUUUUUUCCCCCAAAGAUGAGGUAACGCUUACUCUUGCACUAAAGGGUUUUUUGUGCCUUAAAGGAAGGAUGAGAGAGAAGAGGAAAUGACACUUUUUAGAUUUGAACUUCUAUAGCAUUGCAGGGAGUAAAUAUGGUGUGAGGUGUCUUUUGCACCCGAAGAGUGAUGUAGCCCGUUUUCAUAUUCUUCUGUUGCCGGUUCCUUUUUAAAUUCUCAGCUUUUUCUCCAGAUUUGAAAAGUCACCUCAUCUUCUGAAAUUAUUAAUGUAUCUCUGGGGUUUACUGAAUUCUGUUAAUAGGAGGAAGCUUUACCUUGACCUUGUUUUUCCAAAAGCAUUCAUAAAAGCAAAUCUUACAUUAAAAAUCUCAAAACCCAAACACA